GAACCAAUCCCUAUUCCCAAUCCCAAUCCCAUGUCAUCCCCCUCCUCAAAUUAUUAUUAUUUAAAAAAAAAAAAAACCACUAAUUAUAAUAACUCCAGAAAGAAACCCUAGAUUUCUUCUGCCCCAAUUUUCGUGUCUCUGUCGGUGAUUCUAUCAUCUCAGAUUAUUGUUGUGAUGUAUGUAUAUAUAGAUUCUCGCUAAAGCAAAUUCGGAUUUCUUUCAUGUACAAAGAAAAUUCACUCCCCAGAUCUGAUUCUACCAAGUUAUCCUCCAAAAUAGUUGGUGGAUGAUGAUUGUACAGAUGGAUAAAAUGUCUACUACUCCAUCAUGGGAGGUGGCUCAACAACUUUAUGACAAGAAUAUAGAGUUGGAGAAUAGGCGUCGUAGGUCGGCCCAGGCAAGAGUUCCCUCAGAUCCAAAUGCUUGGCAGCAGAUGCGUGAGAACUAUGAAGCAAUAAUACUCGAGGAUCAUGCAUUUUCUGAGCAGCACAAUAUUGAAUAUGCUCUGUGGCAGCUACAUUACAGGCGAAUCGAGGAAUUCAGAGCCCACACCAAUGCUGCUUUAGCUUCUACAACUUCAAGCACAUCUCAGAUUGUAAAGGGUCCCCCGCGACCUGAUCGAAUUAGUAAAAUACGUCUGCAGUUUAAAACUUUCCUUUCAGAAGCUACUGGAUUUUACCAUGAUCUAAUUUUGAAAAUUAGAUCAAAAUAUGGGCUUCCUCUUGGUUAUCUCUCUGAGGAUUCAGGGUAUCAAAUUGUUAUGGAGAAAGAUGGCAAUAGAUCUAUUGAGAUGAAGAAAGGUAUUGUAUCUUGUCAUCGUUGUUUGAUAUACCUGGGUGACCUUGCUCGUUACAAAGGAUUGUAUGGGGAGGGCGAUUCCAAAAGCCGUGAUUAUGCUGCAGCUUCGAGUUAUUACUUGCAAGCUGCAUCUCUUUGGCCAUCAAGCGGGAAUCCCCAUCACCAGCUUGCCAUAUUGGCUACCUAUUCUGGGGAUGAAUUAGCGGCUGUAUACCGUUAUUUUCGGAGUCUGGCAGUCGAUAGUCCCUUUUCCACUGCAAGGGAUAACUUGAUUGUCGCAUUUGAAAAGAAUCGCCAGAGUUACUCUCAGCUGCAUGGGGAUAUGAAAGCUUCUGUGAUCAGUGAAUCACCUGCGCAGAUAACUGCCAAAGGAAGAGGGAAAGCAGAAGACAAACUCCAACCUAAGGAUGCCAACGUUGGUGCCAGCCUUGUUGCAAAAAAAGCAGCCAGUGUCCAUGACCCCUAUAAAGCUUUCUGCAUUCGCUUUGUUCGUCUAAUUGGCAUUCUUUUUAGUCGCACUAGCUUGGAAAUGUUUGCAGAAGUUCUUUCUCUGGUUAGCAGUACUUUGAAUGGGCUUCUUUCUUCUGGGUCAGAAGAAGAGCUGACUUUUGGCACAGAUGCUGUUGAGAAUGGUCUGGUCAUUGUUCGCCUUAUUGCCAUUCUUAUAUUCACGGUUCACAAUGUGAAUAAGGAUGGUGAUGGUCAGAGUUAUGCGGAUAUUGUACAACGUACAGUUCUGCUUCAAAAUGCACUUGCUGCAGUUUUUGAAUUAGUGGGGCACAUUUUGAAGAGAUGUGUGGAGUUGAGUGAUCCUUGUUCAAGUUACCUCCUUCCUGGCAUUCUAGUUUUUGUGGAAUGGUUGGCUUGUUCUCCUGAUGUUGCAGCAGGCAGUGAUAGAGAAGAUAAACAAGCAACUGUUAGACUAGUUUUUUGGAAUCAUUGUAUAUCUUUCUUAAAUAAGCUUUUGUCAAGUGGGCUAGUGGUGAUGGAUGAUGAAGAUGAGACCUGCUUUUUCAAUACGGGCAGGUAUGAGGAAGGUGAAACUGAAAAUCGGCUUGCUUUGUGGGAGGACUUCGAGUUGAGAGGAUUCUUGCCCCUUCAACCUGCACAUACCAUUUUGGAUUUUUCAAGGAAACAUUCUGUUGGAGGUGAUGGCAACAAGGAGAAAAUUGCUCGUGUUAAAAGGAUUCUGGCAGCAGGAAAGGCUCUAGAAAAUGUAGUUAAAGUUGAGCAAAAAACAAUAAUUUUUGGUUUGAAGGCGAAGAAAUUUAUUUUGAGUGUUAAACCUCAAACAUCAGAUGAUUUCAUGCUUAUGCCCUUUUUGGGCAGUCCUAAAUUAAAUGGUGUGAAUCGCCAACCUCCAAUAGAGACUAUGAGCAAUGCCUUUGUUGUGCAGACAAAUGCACAGCUAUAUGUGGAAGGGGAAGAGGAGGAUGAAGAGAUUGUUUUCAAGCCAACAGUGAUGGAAAAAUGUAGUGAUUUGAUUGUUUCAAAGUGGAUGCCUAAUGAGGGUCUUGAGCCUAGCAAAAAUGCUGUUGCUGGUAAUUCUCAGUUUCAUGGCAGUUCUGUUUCAGCCCAGCACAGCGAUCUUCACCAGCGGACUGCUGUUGAUGCAAGUUCACAACCACCUGUUUCUGUUGCCAACCAUGUACUGCAGCAUCCACAACCAAUUCCAUCACACUCUUCAAUGUGGUUUGACCAGCAAGCUUCUCUUGCUAAUGGCUUCAAAGGUUUAAACAUCUUGGAAAAUGGGCACGUAAUGAAACCUGGAAUGCCAGAAGAUACACCCAUUUCACACCAUUCUUCACUUUCUCUUCCAGUCCAACAAUCUAUCAAUGUCAAUGCAAGUGGUAUAUCUUAUAGUCAGGUAAAGGCGUCAGAAAUGGUGAUGCAACGUGAGAUUGAUAUUGUUGGUUCUUCUGGAGUUACUUCUGGCAGUUUUGCUGUAAAUACAUCAUCACCGUUGUCAGCAAGUUCGAGAAGAAGUCCAGUAAACCGACCAGUAAGGCAUCUUGGCCCUCCACCUGGUUUUAGAGCUGUCCCUCCACCUGGUUUUAGCGCUGUUCCUCCUAAAUCAGUAAAUGAGCUCAUAUCUGGGUCAGAUUUGGUGGCUGAUAAUCUACUCAUGGAUAACUAUAGCUGGUUGGAUGGAUAUAAGUUGCCAUUACCAAUGAAUAGCUCAGUGCUCAAUCAAUCUAUCAAUCAUCCAUCCCAGUCAAGUCCCCAUCAUACCAGUAACAACAAUGUCUCUGUGGGGACAAUUAGCUUUCCCUUUCCUGGAAAACAAGUUCCACCAAAGCAGUUUCCUGUGGAAAAACAGAAAGGCUGGGAGGAUAACCAUACUUUUGAACAUCUAAAUUUACACCAUGAACAACUGCAGCUGGAGCAGCUCAUGAAAGGAAGUCAGCAGUUCCCACUGCCAGAUCAAUUCCAAGGACAGUCGAUGUGGGGGGCUCGUCACCCUGUGUGAAUCAUUUUGAGAGCAUCAGAUGGUCCUCAAGAAUGAUUGUUGUGGAUGUCCUGCGUCCUGCUGGUACCAUAUUGAUACUCCAACUUGGCGGUCCUGUUAAUUUUGUUUAGUUUUUGUUGGAGCAUGGUAGUGUUGGCAUGUUGCAGGCUCUUGCUAGUUAACAAGUCAUGCAGCACUCUUCAGACCAGAGGAAGCAAAAUUGUGAACAUUUCUACAAUGCGCAGUCCGUAUGUGUAAAUCCCAUCGGUGGAGAGAGAUAAGUAGACGUCAAUAAGAGCAUCCAUUGGCUUUGGGGGGUUUGUCUCAAGGACAGUUGGGUGGGAAUAAGGGUUGUACACACACUAUUCUAAACUGUGAUAGCAUUCUGUCUAGCUGUCCGAUUAGUCUUGUCAUGUCAAUAUCCUCAUCACAGUUACCCUCACCGCAUUAUUGGUUCUUUGGAAGCUAUUACUGGCCAAAUGUUGUUCCAGAAAGCAUCAGCGCUCGAUGUCUGGUAUGCUCGCUUGCUAAGGUGGAGUUGGAGUUGGGUAAUAUUUGAGCUUGAACCAGAUAUGACAGGAUCAUAGUGGAAUAAAGAGCCAAGCAGUAUAUCUAUCUAGUUAAUUUAGAAGUGUGCGUGCGUGUGGAUAAAAGACCUAUGUCUGUGUCUUUCCGUGGUUCAAUAAUGAAAAAUGACUCAAUGUGGAGUACAUUUAUGUCAAUUUCUGAAUGGUUUGAUUUGGGGGACAACAUUUGCUUUGUUUUUUCAAAUGUUUAAAAUACCUUGUUUCAGCUGUUUGUUGAUGUUUUAAAUAUUGUUCUGCUAAAUC